UGUCAAAAAUAACAAAUGCCGUAAGACAAAUUAGAAUAAAUAAUCAAAUGAUCAAAAUUUAUAACUGAAACGGAGUGUAAAAUGCUCAUGUUGGUGAACCGAAGACAUUUAUUGGCUUUUUAUUUGUCUGUAUUAAGACCCUGUUUUGUCAUCGCACAAUUAAAUAUGUCCUCUGGCAGCAUCGAUGCAGAUAAAUACUCAGUAGCUUAUGUUACCGUUCCAAACACAGAUGUCGGAAAAACGAUUGGUCAUGGGCUUGUUAAGAACAAACUAGCUGCGUGCGUCAACAUUGUUCCUCAAAUAACAUCAAUCUAUGAAUGGAAGAAUGAAAUUAAUGAAGAUAAUGAGGCUUUGCUGAUGAUAAAGACAAGGACAUCACUCGUCGACAAGCUUACAGAAUUUGUACGUUCAAAUCAUCCUUAUGAAGUAUGUGAAGUUAUUUCGCUUCCAAUCAAAAAUGGUAACCCACCAUAUUUGAAAUGGAUCGGGGAGAUGGUCCCUGAUAGUAAUUAAUUCUUAAGUUAAUCAUUUUGCACAUAUACAAAUACUAAGUCAUUUUGUUUGUUGGUAGAAUAUGUGGGUGGCACCUACAAGCUUGCACAAAGCCCUACAAGCAAACAAGCCAACAAAGCCAAAGCCAACAAGCACAUUACCUAUAUAAUGAGUUUGUGCAAUUAAUUCAUUGCAAAAAUACAAUAAUCCUACAAAUAUUUUAUAAUGGGUCCUUUUAUUUGAUAAAAAACAAAACAUCAUUUUACAAAUAAGAAAAUUAUGACUCAUAUUUUUUUCUUUAUACAAACCACUAAGCUUGUCACCUUAAUAUCUUUUAAAACGAUAAUUUGUCACACGUUUUUUGUCAAACAAUAAACCGGUUUUUUUUUUUAUCAUCAAAUGAUACUUACUAUAGACAACAUGUCUAGUAGUAGUAUUGCUCAUUGAACAAAUAAUAAUCAAUUCAUGUUCUUAGCGAGUUCUUUGCCAUCUAUCUGUUAGUUUAGUAAGAUAUUAAAUGUAAACUUUAAAAAAAUGUUGCCGUAAUAUUUAUUUAAGGUAAUUUAAAAAAAAUAAUGUCAAAUAAUAAUCUUAUUGGAAUGAUAUCAAAUAUUUUUGGCAUUUAUUAAUUCUUGUAAAGGCUAGUAACUAUUGAAAAGUG